GUGCGUCGGUGCAGUUGCGCCAUCUGUCAGGAGCGCAGCCGGCGGGGAGGGGGCUCCGCGGAGAGGAGGAGGGGUCGCCGUGCGCCGGGCCUCCGAGACCCGCCCGCCGGUCGGGAGCGCAGCGAGGCCGCCUCGAGCCGGAGCGCUCCGAGGACUCCCCCGGGCGCACACAAAGCCGCCGCCCGCGCCAGGGAAGGACCGGGCUGCCGGGCCCGGCCGGGGACACCGGCGCCGCCCCCUCGGCGCUUCGCGAGGCCCACGAGCUCCCGGGCCCCGCCACCGGAGCCUCCAGGGCCGCGCCAGAGGAGGGCGGGGGAGAGGACCAUGUGAAUGUGCUCCGGAGCCGAGCGCCACGCCACGCAGUGUCGCUCUGUGCCAGUUCUUUGUACGCCGCGGUCUGGUCCACGUUCUCAGGUGUCUGGAAGGAACAGGAUGCUGAUCUAGACGUGGAAAAAAGUCAGUCCUCCCGGUGGUUUAGAAGACAUGUGGUGUAUAUAAAGUUUGUGAUAGUUGGUGGAAAUUUGGGGAUUUGGAUAAUGGGCUGUGUGCAAUGUAAGGAUAAAGAAGCAGCGAAACUGACGGAGGAGAGGGACGGCAGCCUGAACCAGAGCUCUGGGUACCGCUAUGGCACAGACCCCACCCCUCAGCACUACCCCAGCUUCGGCGUGACCUCCAUCCCAAACUACAACAACUUCCACGCCGCCGGGGGCCAGGGACUCACUGUCUUUGGGGGUGUGAACUCCUCCUCUCACACUGGGACCCUUCGUACAAGAGGAGGGACAGGAGUGACACUAUUCGUGGCUCUUUACGACUAUGAAGCACGGACGGAAGAUGACCUGAGUUUUCACAAAGGAGAAAAAUUUCAAAUAUUGAACAGCUCGGAAGGAGACUGGUGGGAAGCCCGCUCCUUGACAACAGGGGAAACUGGUUACAUUCCUAGCAAUUACGUGGCUCCUGUUGACUCCAUUCAGGCAGAGGAGUGGUACUUUGGAAAACUCGGCCGCAAAGAUGCUGAGAGACAGCUUCUGUCCUUUGGAAACCCAAGAGGUACCUUUCUUAUCCGCGAGAGCGAAACCACCAAAGGUGCCUACUCACUUUCCAUACGAGACUGGGAUGAUAUGAAAGGAGACCAUGUCAAACAUUAUAAAAUUCGCAAACUUGACAAUGGCGGAUACUACAUCACAACCCGGGCCCAGUUUGAAACGCUUCAGCAGCUUGUACAGCAUUACUCAGAGAGAGCCGCAGGUCUCUGCUGCCGCCUGGUUGUUCCCUGUCACAAAGGGAUGCCAAGGCUUACCGAUCUGUCUGUCAAAACCAAAGAUGUCUGGGAAAUCCCUCGAGAAUCCCUGCAGUUGAUCAAGAGACUGGGAAAUGGGCAGUUUGGGGAAGUAUGGAUGGGUACCUGGAAUGGAAACACAAAAGUAGCCAUAAAGACUCUUAAGCCAGGCACAAUGUCCCCGGAAUCAUUCCUGGAGGAAGCACAGAUCAUGAAGAAGCUGAAACAUGACAAGCUGGUGCAGCUCUAUGCAGUCGUGUCUGAGGAGCCCAUUUACAUCGUCACGGAAUACAUGAACAAAGGAAGUUUGCUUGAUUUCUUAAAAGACGGUGAAGGAAGAGCUCUGAAAUUGCCAAAUCUUGUGGACAUGGCAGCACAGGUUGCUGCAGGAAUGGCUUACAUUGAGCGCAUGAAUUACAUCCACAGAGAUCUUCGAUCAGCAAACAUUCUAGUGGGAAAUGGACUAAUUUGCAAGAUUGCUGACUUUGGAUUGGCUCGGUUGAUCGAAGACAAUGAAUACACAGCCAGACAAGGUGCAAAGUUUCCCAUCAAAUGGACAGCCCCAGAAGCUGCCCUGUACGGGAGGUUCACAAUCAAGUCUGACGUGUGGUCUUUUGGAAUCUUACUCACAGAGCUGGUCACCAAAGGAAGAGUGCCAUACCCAGGCAUGAACAACCGGGAGGUGCUGGAGCAGGUGGAGAGAGGCUACCGGAUGCCCUGCCCACAGGACUGCCCCAUCUCCCUGCACGAGCUCAUGAUUCAUUGCUGGAAGAAGGACCCAGAAGAGCGCCCCACCUUCGAGUACUUGCAGGGCUUCCUGGAGGACUACUUUACUGCCACAGAGCCCCAGUACCAGCCCGGCGAGAACCUGUGAGAGCCUGCGCUUCAGAGACCUCUCCAGAGGCCUCCCCACCCCUCCCCAUUAGCUUCCGUAGCCAGCUGCCCCCAGCAGCCAGAACCGUCCGGGAUCAGAUUGCAUGUGACCGAAGCUGACGAACUUCCACGGCCCUCAUUAAUGACACUUGUCCCCCCUGUCCGAACCUCCUCUGUGAACCAUCCGAGACUGAACCGUGUUAUUUCUCAGACUUGGGAAUGCAUUGUAUCGAUGUUAUGUCAAAGGCCAAACCUCUGUUGAGUGUAAAUAGCUGUUCCCGUGCCAACAAUCCCACUGCUUUCCUUUUUUAAAAAAGAAAAAAAAUGGCAAAUCCUAUGUGAUUUUAACUCUGUCUUCACCUGAUUCAACUAAAAAAAAAAAGUAUUAUUUUCCAAAAGUGGCCUCUUUGUCUAAAACAAUAAAAUUUUUUUUCAUGUUUUAACAAAAAAAAAAAAAACAAAAACAAAAAAACAAAACAUCAGGACAGGUGUUCGGGUUUUUUUUUCUUUUUUAUACAUAUGAAUAUAUAUAUAUAUAUCUAUAAAAACAUACGUCCCUGUACAUACACCGUGUGGGUGCUACCAUGGAGACUGGCCAGCCUAGGCCACGUAGCUACAGGACCAGCGUGAGGAUUGCUACAGAAACCUGCCAUCAAAGCACUGGGGUCAUUCUGAAAGCCUGUGGCCCCAUUUUUUUUUUUUUUAACUUCUACAAAGCAUGAUUUUUUUCCUCCCCUUUUGUUUGGAUUGUGCUUUUUCAGUUCCUGAUCAUACCUGUAGAUGGUUGUUCACGUGACUUUUUUUCUCCAGGUACCUGAGCUGAGUUCACAGGCUUUAGUACCCAAUUUUUGCUCCAACGUACUGUGAUUCGUUCCUGAAGUGGCGUUUCAGGAGUGAGCGCGUUUAAGCAGGCAGCCAACCAGUCCCAAUCACUCGAGCUGCGAGACGGAGGCCGCACUAACUAACUCCCUGUAUAAAUAUGAAUGCUGAAGUGUUUCAAAUGUUCUUUUAUUUAAUAAACCUUGUAACCACAUUUAAAUGGUCUGAACCCAUAGCAUUGUAGUCAUGACAACCUACUAAACUUUCUCAUGCAACUAAAAAUUAUGGGGAAGGCAAGGGGGGGGGGGUUGUGUCUGUCCCCAUUGUAAAGUAAGUGUUCUAAUGUCCUGUACUGCUAAUGAACGACUCUCCGUAUCAGGGGUCCUCCAUCGAUAACUAUGCACUAUACAUUUCAUGGGGGUGCACAAAAAAAAAAAGUAUUACAUUUUUAGUUGCUGUUUGUACCAACCUUGAAUUACAUAUGUUUAACAACAAGUCAA